AAAUGGAAAUGAUACCCAAAAUCGAUCCUUCAACCUAUGCCUCUGCCAACGUGACCUGUCUACCGCACAUAACGAAGACAGAUACUAAUAUAAGGAAAAACUCACCCCAAACAACUUGUCAUGUUCAGGAAAACUACUUUUUGUCAUCUUCUUGAUGUUGACCUUGUAUUUAAUGGGUCUCUAAUACAUAAUAUAUUGCUUAGGGAGGUUGAGGAGAGUACACCAAACACCAUUAGUUUCAACCUUUUCCGGAGGAGGAUGUCAUUUGAACGGACGAAGUUUCACCUCAUUAGUGGCUUAAAAUAUGUCAGGACCCCAGUUAGGGAAAACACAUUACCUCAUAGACUUAUGACCUUGUACUUCAAUGAUAAGACCGAUCUUGUGUUGAGUGACUUCGAGAAGAUGUACACAGCCGCACGGUUUGAGGAUGAUUAUGACGUGGUUAAGGUAUUGAUUGUGUACAUGGUUGGAAUAGGUUUGCUGGGGAGAGAGAGAAUGGUGAAGUUUGACCAUACUUUGCUGGGGAUAGUUGACGAUUGGGAGGUCUGUUGCAACUACAAUUGGGCAUCGUUGUCGUUCGAGAAGACGAUAAAUAGUCUUCAGCGUGGCCCAUUGAAGAUGUCAAAGGAUGGAAAGUUGAGGAAAUCAUAUAGUCUGUAUGGUUUCCCAUGGGUGUUCCAGGUGUGGGCGUACGAUACCAUAUCUUCCCUAUCUAUGCGGGUUGCAAAUAAAGUUCUUUAUGAUACAGUGCCACAUAUUUUCAAGUGGAGGUACGACCAUUCGACUGCAUGGCAUGUUCUGGAUCGGGAUAUUUUUUGCUCUACAAAAGGAAGAACGCGAACCCUAGAUGAAACUGAUGUGGAGACGAGCUUCUUGAAUCGAUCAUUCGACCCACCCGUAUCAGAUGAUGAUGACGUCAUGGAAGAAAGAGGCGAUAAUGCUGGACCAUCGGCUGUACGUGAGGGAUCACAGUAUGACGAUGAGAGUCGAGGUGCGGAUGUUGAAAUGGUUGAGAAGGAUGCCGAGUUGGAGAAUGAGGAAACUAAGGGUAAGAAUAAGGUAUGCAUAUCCACUGGGCGCCUGAAGAGGGUUGAAAAGUGCUUGAAGAGUAUGGACAAGCGAAUGGAUGAACGCAUGGGAGACAUUGAGGCCGAACUGAAAUCGAUCAAGAAAUUUUUGUGACGAAUUGCUAAAGGUUUACCCGUUGAUUCGAGUGACGUGAGGAAAAGAAAAGGUACUGGUGAAGAUAGUAUCAAGCCGGGAGAUGGAGGCGGCAGUCCUAGUGGACAGGACGACGGACACACUGAUGGUGAUGAUGGGGCCAAGGAUGACGGGGCCACUGCUGGUAUCGAGCCGAGAGAGGGAGGGGGCACCCCUAGAGAACGGGGUGAUGAUGCUGCCACCGAUGGUACCGGGCUAGGAGAUGGAGGGGGCAGCCAUAGUCCACAUAGAGAUGUGUAGGGAGGGUGAAGCUGCUGAUCGAAUGGACAUCGUUCAACUAGAAUUGGCUGAACUUCGUACACCUGAACACUUGGAACGUAUUGUUACGUCACUAUCUGAACUUCAUUUAUACAUCUGUGCUAACGAAGGUUGAAUGUGUCAUCUUUGUAGCAACAUGCACGCAACUUGUCCUCCAACGAAGAUGUGAACAAGGAGGACGUGCAAGAAGGUGUUGAGGCAACCCCGAUCGAGCAUAUUAUCGUUGAAUCGUAAAACAUCGAGUCAUCUAGAGACGAGAUAUGUAGUUGGUGUUGGCCGUCGACCUUCUUAUCCAAUAUUUAUUAUUUUAACAUGAACGCUUCAGGACCAUGUUGCGGACGAUUUCUCGGACUCCACCUGGAAGGACCGAGAGAGGUUAAAUCACAAGCUGGUGCACAUACAUCCAACACGUCACAAGUAGACGCAGAUGUCGUACGUGUGUUGUCGCACCCAAAUGAUCCGCCCAACCCUUAACGAGGGUCUCAGAAGAGGAAACUCCCGUGAAAGCUUCGUGGAUCAUUCUUAGUCAUGGUGGAUGAGAAGAGGAAGAAGGUAACUAGGUAUGAUCCACUAGUUAAGGUCCCCCCGAGCAUGUUUGUAAGUUCCAUGCAUGGAUGAAAAACCCCAAAACUAACCAUUCGACUCGUAAGUUUUGCUACGGUAAGAGGGAUAAGACAUGGUUUCGUGAUCAUAACCUUCUGACAUCGGACAAGUGGUUGACCAGCGAGGUACAAGAUCGAACCAUAAUAUCAAUUUCAUUUCAUAUUACACGUUUCUAACAAUAUUAGUCUAUACAGGUACUAGAUUCGUUGGUGAUGCUCACGUGCAACAAGCUUGAGUAGCGUCUGAAUUUGUGCUUUAAGAAGUUCAAGACUGGUGAUAUAGUACUUGCAGUAUGAUCUCUAUUACUUUAAACUACGAACAGUUAGGUACUUUUUUGUGGUGUUAGUUAAUAUAUUAUCAUGUUUUCGAUUCCAACUGUAGAACUUCUUCCGACGAACAGAUGGUAUAUACCAGCGUUUAAUGGUCCAAAACACUGUCUUGACAAGAGUUGCAGAAGAGUAUGAUUGGAUGGGCAAGUGUAAAACGGUCUUUAGCUAUGUUGACGAGACUCACUCCGACCACUAGAAACUCUAGCUCGAACUAGACGUUGUGUACUUGCGGUACAACAUCGGUGGAAACCACUGGAUCAUGGUUUGCAUCGAUCUGGAGGAGGGUGAGAUCAUUGUGUGGGAUUCCUUGAGGGCGAACACAACACUGACAGCUCUGAAGAACAAGCUGAAGCCCAUGAACGUCAUCCUCCCGGCGUUGAUGCAUAGGUCUAGUGUUAAGGUACUCAGGCCUACCCUACCUAGUAUUCCAUGAUGCAUUCAUCAGGUAACCGGGCAUCUCAACAAACUGGUGGUGAUUGUGGUAUUUUUUGUGUAAUUUUUUUUGAAUAUGAUGUAACGGGGUUCCAUUUAGCAACAUUAACUCAGGAUAGGAUCCCAAUUUUUAAGGAGAAACUUACCAUUGAAUUGUGGGCAAACAAAUCUAUAUUUUGAACCGUUCCAGUACA